AUGGGCCAAUUCGAUAUCUUAAGCGCCCCCGUGUUGAAUUUAUUUUUGGCUCUUUUACUUGCAUCAUUUGGUUCAAAUGUUCUAUCUGAACGUGAAAAAGAAGAUGAUGAUAAUAAAAUUGGUGAAGCCAUUGAUCGUAUACAACGAUGUAUUCGUUUUAUAUUUCGUUUAAUAUUUCGUGCAUUUUGUAGAAAAAAACGAAAAAAAAUAAAAAUUAUUGAAAGUAUUACCAAUGAAACAAUUUAUCUCAAUCAAUCUCUUGCUGGUACAGAUGAUUUAAUUAAUAAUAUUCCUUGUUCAACAUCAAUUAAUAUUGAUAAUAAAAAAAUAAAACCAAAUGGUUUAUUAGUUCUAACUAAUGAAGCAAUAGAACCAAUUGAAGAUAUUGAAAUGAAAUCAUUAAAUAACAAUAAUAAUCCUACAAGUCCAACAAUACUUUCAUAUGAUCAAAUUCUUCAAAUGCCACCAGAUUGUUGUCCAAGAAUAAUAUCAAAACAUGUUGGUCGUUUUAAAUAUAUUGUUCCAGAAUCAAUUCAACAAAAAUGGACUUAUCUUCGUAGUAAAGCUCAUCGUCUUGUUGAACAUCGUUUUUUUGAAUGGCUUAUUAUUGCUAGUAUUUUAGCUAGUAGUACAACUUUAGCAUUAGAAGAUAUAAAUACACGACAACAACCAAAAUAUUAUUCAAUUUUACAUUCUUUUGAUCAACUUUUUACAAUUAUAUUUACAGCUGAAUUAGUUUUAAAAUGGUUUGCAUAUGGAAUUAAAAAUUAUUUUACAAAUGGUUGGAAUUGGCUUGAUUUUCUUAUUGUUGUUGUUAGUGUUCUUGGAAGUUUACUUGAUGGACUUGGUGUUGCCGAUAUACCAGCAUUUAAAUCUAUGAGAACAUUAAGAGCUUUAAGACCAUUAAAAGCAUUAUCGAGAUUUGAAGGAAUUCGAGUUGUUGUCAAUGCAUUAAUUGGUGCCAUUCCGUCCAUUUUUAAUGUUUUACUUGUUUGUCUUGUAUUUUGGUUAAUUUUUUCAAUUAUGGGCGUACAAUUAUUUGGUGGAAAAUUUUAUAAAUGUGUUUAUCAUGAUACACAUGAUCGAGUUAAUAUAUCAGAAAAUGUAACCAAUAAAAUCGAUUGUUUAAAUAAAAAUUUUACUUGGGAAAAUUCAAGAGUAAAUUUUGAUAAUGUUGUUAAUGGUUAUUUAGCUUUAUUUCAAGUUGCAACUUUCAAAGGAUGGAUUGAAAUAAUGGCUGAUGCAACUGAUGCAAAAGAUAUUGACGUCCAACCGGCACAAGAAUCGAAUGUUUAUAGACUUGUUUAUUUUGUUUUAUUCAUUAUACUUGGUUCAUUUUUUACAUUAAAUCUCUUUAUCGGUGUUGUUAUCGAUAAUUUUAACCAACAAAAACGAAAAUUAGGAAGUGGUGGUUCAAUAGAAAUGUUUAUGACAGAUGAUCAAAAAAAAUAUUAUAAUGCUAUGAAAAAAAUGGGAAAUAAAAAACCAACAAAAGCAUUACCAAGACCACGAUUUCCAAUUGCAAGAUUUUUUUUCGAUUUAACAACAAAUCAAAAAUUUGAUAUAUUUAUAAUGAUGUGUAUUUUUCUUAAUAUGCUUUGUAUGUGUCUUGAAUAUCAUAAUCAAAGUCGAAUUCAUGAACGUAUUCUUGGAUAUAUUAAUAAUUUUUUUGUUGCUAUAUUUACUAUUGAAUGUGGUAUGAAAUUAAUUGCAUUACAUUAUAAAUAUUUUACUAUUCCAUGGAAUGUAUUUGAUUUCAUUAUCGUUAUUGCAUCGAUUCUGGGACAAGUCUUAGGUGAAAUUAUGGCAAAUUAUUUUGUUAAUCCAACAUUAUUACGUGUUGUACGUGUUGCACGUGUUGGCCGAGUUUUACGUCUUGUUAAAGGAGCAAAAGGUAUUCGAACAUUACUAUUUGCAUUAGCUGUUUCAAUGCCAGCUUUAUUUAAUAUUGGUCUUCUUCUUUUUCUUGUCAUGUUUAUUUAUUCAAUAUUUGGUAUGUCAUUUUUUGCAUAUGUACGAAAAGCAGCAGGUGUAACAGAAAUAUUUAAUUUUGAAACAUUUCCAAAUUCAUUAAUUAUACUUUUUCAAAUGUGUACAACGGCUGGUUGGUCAGGUGUUUUACAAGCAUUAACAAAUGAUCGACCACCUGAUUGUGAUCCAACUCUUAAAUUACCAUCACAUAGAGGUGAUUGUGGUAGUAUGGCUAUUGCAAUUCCAUUUCUUGUUAGUUAUUUAAUUAUAAGUUCACUUGUUGUGGUUAAUAUGUAUAUUGCAGUUAUUUUAGAAAAUUUUUCUCAAGCACAAGAAGAUGUACAACAAGUAAAUAAAAAUUAA